AUGGCCUCUGCCUCUACCUCUACAUCUGCAGGGACGGGCUUGGUACUGCCUUCCAGACCCAAACAGCCCUACCUCAGCGUCGUCUGCCCGUAUCCGCAAUGUGGGACCCAGCUGGAGUACCUUCCGCCCACUGCUUCCCAAGUCUCGAAUCUCCCCUCGACCGAGAAGACGUUCAAGGUCACCUGCUUCUCGUGCAAGGGAAGAUUCGAACCGCCGAACUCUGCUAGGCUGCUGAGAGAGGCCAGAGGUAGCACAGCAGCCGAUGAGAAGAGAGCAGCAGCACCGAAGAGGCGGAUCGGGACGGAUCAGAGGCCUCUUGAUCUCGAGUACUACGACAUCCUCAAUCUACCCCCGACAUGUUCGCAGGACGACAUCAAGAAAGCCUAUCGCAAGCUCGCUAUCAAGCUCCACCCCGACAAGAACCCCAAUAAUCCAGAAGUGGAGGAAGCUUUCAAGAAACUAGCCACUGCUUAUCAGGUGCUCAGUGACCCCGAAUUGCGACACAAGUACAAUGAAUUCGGAGCUAGCACGCCUGGACUCGUACCGGAGGAUGGGUUUGUGGAUCCGGAAGAGGUUUUCGGAAGUCUCUUUGGCGGUGGAAGGUUCAAGGACAUCAUCGGCACGAUCUCCAUUGGCAAGGACAUGAAGGAGGCGCUACAACAGGACUCUGAGGAGCUCGAGAGACAAGCAGAAGCAGAGAGCAAUGCCAGUGGGGAAGCCAAUGGAGAUGGCACGAGCUCGAGCUCAGGCAAUGCUACUGCCGCAAAGACUCCUGGCCUGUCCCCUGAAGCAAAGGCAGCAAAGGAGGAGAAAGAGCGGGAGAGGACAGAAGAGCGGGCGAAGCAGAGGGAGGAAAGGGUGGUGAAGCUCGCAGAGCACCUGAUCAGGCGGCUGUCUGUGUACACCGAAAGCGUCAGAGGUAUUGGCAGUGGCGAAGAAGCUCUGAAAGAGGAGGUGAAAAGGAGUUUCAGGGAAAUCACGAGGCUCGAGGCCGAAGAGCUCAAGGGCGAGAGCUACGGCGUCGAGCUUCUCCACGUGGUCGGCUUCAUCUACCUCUCCAAGUCGAAGCACUACUUGGCUUCGUCCUACGUAUGGGGAUUGGGCGGCAUGUAUCACUCGCUUACCUCCUCGGCCCACAUUGUCUCCUCGACUGUCUCGACGGUCAGGGCCGCUCUCGAGCUAAAGAAUGUCUUCGAAGAGCUGAAAAAGGCAGAGGAUGGAGGCAUCACGGAAGAUCGUCGGAAAGAGUUAGAGGAGAAAGCUGCUACCAAGGGUAUGCAAGCGCUCUUCAAGGGCGCCUCUCUUGAGGUCGAGUCCAUCUUGAGAGAAGUCUGCGACCGGGUUCUCUACCCCUCACCGUCGACUGAUGGGCAGGGAGAGGGAAGCAUUUCCAAGGAGACGCAAAAGCUCAGAGCAGUCGCCUUAGGCAUCGUUGGGAGUGUUUACACUGAGGUCAAAGCAGCACCCGGCGGCAUUGGUGGCGAAGAAGAGUACGUCAAGAUUGAUGCGAAAGGUAGAUAG